AUGUUUCGCCAAUCAGUGGUCCAUCGUGAUGACCGCCGAUAUCAGCUGAUAUUGUGGCGCGAGAAGCCCAGCGAUCCUAUAAAGGUAUUUGAGUUGAACACCACCACCUAUGGACUCCGGUCCAGCCCGUAUAUCGCCAUGCGAACCCUCCUUGAACUCGCUGAGAGAGAGCGCCUGAGAUACGCUCGGGGAGCUUCUAUUUUGGAGACUUCGGUCUACAUGGACGACAUUUGUACGGGCGCUUCCACCGUCGAGGAGGCUCUGGUCUUGCGAGACGAAUUAAUUGCCAUCCUGAAGUCUGGAGGCUAUGAGUUGCGCAAGUGGUUGUCGAACUCCCCUCAUAUUUUGAAGGACCUCCCAGGAGAGGAUCAACAAGACCCUCAUCUGUUCGAGCACCCUGAGAAUCCUAAUUUGUUGACUGUGCUGGGCAUUCAAUAUCAGCCUGUUCAGGACACCUUUACGUAUAGAGUAAAACUUGACUCACCGCCCAAAGCAUGGACCAAACGCUUCGUGCUGUCCACCGUAGCCCGCACCUUCGACCCUAAUGGGUGGAUCACCCCGGUCAUCUUUUUUGCUAAGUGCUUUCUUCAAAAGCUCUGGAUGUCCGGGUUGGGUUGGGACGAGCCGAUUGGCGGAGCCCUCUUGCGAGAGUGGCUCUCCAUGCUCUCCUCCCUUCCGGAUAUCAACCGGGUUUCCAUGCCAAGGUGCUUCCUUCCCUACCCUACAUGGGUUUUGCGACGCCUCUGA